AUGGAUCGCAUCGGGGAGUACAUUCACGACACUUGCUCAGGGGUCUCCUCAGUCAAGGUGUACGCGUGCGGCGGAGCAGACGAGUACUUCGACAAGCUUUCCCAGCUCAGCGCGGGAAGUCGGAGGUCGAAGAAGUCGGGCAAAUCCGCGAAGCCCAUUUCGUUCGAGUACCUUGAAGGACUCCCCUCGAGCACGAAGGCAAGAACAGAAAUGGUACACCGUGUUCUCGAAGGCCUCAGAGACGAAGCCUUCGAACUCGCGAGGGACAUCGGUGUAGAUGCCCUAACUGCUCCAGGGGGACUUCGAAGCUUCAUCGAACGAAUGCGGGAGGUAGUGUUCCCCCGCGCGACAGAGGAAGCCCGAGAGUUGUUCCGGGCGGGACAGAGGUUAGGGACCCUGUCCAGGCAGGCAGGGGAAAGCAUGCUGAGUUACAUCUCCCGUAGACGGAGGUGGUGGAAUCUCCUGAAAACCCUGGAUGCCAGCAUCGAGCUCUCUGAGCCGAUGCGCGUAGAGCUACUAUUAGAGCUCUCUGGGCUAUCUAGACAAGAAGCCCUGGUCGUCAAGGCUUGCACAGCCGACCCGAAGAAGUUCGAGCAGAUCGCAAACACCUUGGUGCAGCACUACACAGGUGUUCAUCUGCGCGAAGGCCGCGCGCUGGGAGGCAGCAACCCCCAGCCUUACCGUAACACUGGCAAGGGUUAUGGUCCUAGAUCUUACGGAUCUAAUAGGUCUAAGGGUAAAGGUUUUACCCGCAAGGCCUUCCCUGCGAUCGACGAAGACGCAGGCGAGUUAGAGCAGGAAGAGGAGUACCCAGAAGAGGACUCUUACUUUGCCCAAGAAGCCUGUGUUGCUGAGGAGAGCUGGGAGGAAGAACCCCCUGCCGAGGAAGAAGAGUUCGAGGAAUAUGAGCUGGAUGAGGACGAGGCCAUCGCCCUCAACGCCAUGGAGCAGUUCCUCGAGGAUUCUCCCGAGGUGGGACACGCCAUCCAGUUGUCCUUGGCAGCCAACGCAGCCUUCGGCAAGGCCAAGGGCAAGGGCAAGAACAGAUCCAAGGGCAAAGGCAAGGGUAACGUGGUCCGAAGUCACCUUACGUUGGAGCAAAGAAGGGACAAACUCAAAGCCCUUAAGGCAAAGUCGCGAUGCAUGAGAUGUGGUGGUAUCGGCCAUUGGGCUGGUGACCCUGAGUGCAAGUUCCCUGCAGGCAAGGCCGCAGGCAAGGCAGCACACGUCGCCGUAACGGUCCUAUCCAGCGAGGAAGGUCUGGUCAUUCCCUCGGAAGCGCCAGACAAGGACCACUCUGGCUUUGUCGUUCGCGGAGAUCGUAAGUUUUACCUUGGUCAGUACAAGGGGAAGACUUACAGCGAGAUUGCCCGGCUUCCAGCUGUUGUUCAAUGGGCACAGGUUCAGGUGAACCCUAGUCGCCAACUCCAAGACUUUUUAGCUUGGUUCAAUCGCUACUAUGUGAUCGAGGGCGACGAGGUUGUCACCCGAGCCAGCAUAGGUAUCCCUGAAGGAACCUAUGUACCGCGUGUCAAGAACAAGGGCGGAAAGAAGGUCUCAUACACCAACGACCCAGAGACAUGCCCGCACGAGAUCAUUGAUCGACGUGGCUCGUCGCGAUCAGUGUCUCGCACGUUUUGCAAACAAUGCGGAACGUUUAUAGAUGAAGUUCCGGCUGACUUCCAGCGCCGACGUCGAGACGCGGCAAAUCGUAUGCUCAAUGCCACUGUAGACUCUUUAUCUGUGAUGCAUAACACACAGAUUGCCGGUGAGUCAAGGGACCUUGAGCACGACGAUGUGGAACUCAUCAUGGGUGUCUUCAAUGACUCUGUGACCACCAUGAUAGAGAUGGGGAUGCGCGUCACCCCGUCUGUUUUACACAAUCGUCUUAGCGAGGCAAUCGUUGAUGCCUUAGAGCCCACUGGUGACAGUCCGGAUUCCUGGUCCCGCGUUGGCCAUGUUGGAAUCAUAGACCCAACGGACCUUACAAAGGAAGAAAGAGUUCUUUCUAGAUGGGAGAGACUGGUUAAAGGUGUUAAUUGGCAGGAUCAUUGUGUAGCCUGGGAGGAUGCUUUCCUUAUGGGGCAUGACCGAUUAGGUAUAGCCAUUCUUGAAGCACAAUGGGCUGACCCAGCACCUGCACCGUCCACAGGCAUCAACCUGAGCCUGACGUUGGACGACAUUGAGCAGGCUCGUCCUGAGUCACCGCAAGUUCCGGAUCCUGUAGGGCCGGAGCAAGGAACAGCAACCACGAGCUCGAAGUGGAUACCCGAGCGACGCUGUGACGAGUUUGCAGAGGAGCCACGGGAAUCUGGGUGGUAA